AUGGCAUUGGCGCUACGGUUAGGAGCGAGUCAGGAACACCGGGCGCAGCAGACCGCAGCAAUUCAGCGACGGCAAUGGCCGAACCGGGAGCCCCGGCUGCCGACGGGUCCGUCGCCUCCCAGCACCGCCCCACAUCAGGCUGGGGGCCCGUCGCCUACCUCACGGGCCGCCCCAAUCAGGGUAUCGCUAGCGGAGAAAUCAGAAAGGUCUAGGAAGGGGUUGUGUUGGCAUUGCCCCGAGAAAUAUGUUCCGGGACAUGUAUGCGCGGUGAAGUUGUUAUGCUAUGUUGGAGAAGAGGACGACGACGAUGCACCUCCGGCGACGGACUAUCAAUUGCAGGAGGAUCAGGUCAUCACAGAGGACUUAUCCCAUCUGCACUCUUUAAACGGGAAUAGCCGGUCUAGGCCGUUCCGGGUGACAGGGAAUAUUGGCGUGACAGAGGUGGGCGUACUUAUUGAUACAGGGAGCACCCACGACUUCCUGCACCCGCGGAUUGCGGAGCGCCUCCAGCUCGCAUUGACGCCUAUUCACCCUUUUCGGGUAUACGUAGGAAACGGGGCCUCGCUAUUAUGUGCACACGUGUCGCGCCGCACGAAGUUGACCAUGCAAGGUGUCCAGUUUCUGGUGGAUUUACACAUUCUAGAGGUGCAUGGAGCAGAUGUGAUUCUGGGGAUGGACUGGCUCGAAUCACUGGGCAAGAUCUCGGCAGAUUUUGUGGGAAAGACCUUAGAAUUCCGGCAGGGAGAGAAGUCGAUUAUGUUGAAGGGGGAUAGGCCGGGACCGCAGCAGCUAUCCCUACACGCGUUAAUGUUGUUGGCCGCUCACUCCCCAGCACAUGAAUUCUAUGAAAUUGUGCCUUUGGAACCAGAGCCAGAGACGGGGGACCUAUUAUCCGGCGAGCCAUGUUUUCCCCCGGAGUUACCACAGCCGGUCAGAGAGGUAUUGGAGGCUCACCAGCAGGUGUUCGCCUUGCCAAUAGGGAUGCCACCAAAACGCGCGUUCGAUCAUAAGAUCCAUUUGCUCCCCAACACCAAACCAAUCAACGUGCGACCCUACCGUUAUCCGUACUUUCAGAAGAACGAGAUCGAGCGCCAGGUCCAAGAGAUGUUGGAGCAAGGGAUAAUACAGAGAAGCCAGAGCCCUUUCUCCUCUCCGGUGUUGUUGAUUCGGAAGAAGGAUGGGUCGUUCAGGUUCUGCAAAGAUUAUCGCGCACUGAACUCGGCCACGGUCCCGGACCAUUUUCCGAUCCCGACCGCGGACGAACUAUUCGACGAACUAGGGGCGGCAAAGUUCUUUACCAAGUUGGACUUACGUUCAGGGUAUCACCAGAUUCGGAUGCAUGGGGAGGAUAUUUUUAAGACCGCAUUCCGGACUCACGAUGGUCACUUUGAAUUUCUGGUCAUGCCUUUCGGCCUGACCAACGCUCCUUCCACGUUCCAAGCAGCAAUGAACGGGAUAUUUCAGCCUCUACUUCGGAAAUUUGUCAUCGUAUUCUUCGAUGAUAUUUUGGUGUAUAGCCCGUCCUUGGAAACUCAUUGCGAGCACUUAACCGAGGUGCUUUCCUUAUUACGGGCCCACUAA